CAAUAAUACGGAACAUGAGCAUAUUUUGUCAAGUGCAUUUCCAUUGAACAUUUUACUGAAACUUUUUUUUUUCUUUUAAACCGAUUAGUCUGGAUUAAGCUUUGUGUGUGUGUGGGGGUGUGUGUGGAUGUUUUAGGAAGCGGACUACUUUGAAUUGGCUUUACUCUCUUAAACACAAUCAUACUAUUGGCUGCUGAAUUUAUGUAUUGUUCUAAAUCUACUUAUGAGCUCCUGGUAAAUGUUAACUCUUCUGAAUAGGUUUGGCCAUAGUAAUUUAUGGCUCAUAAUGGAUAUCAAAGUCAAUUUUUUUUUUUUUUUUAAGUUGUAAAGUCUGGUUUUCAGCAAGUAGCAAAAGGCUUGAAGAAAGAAGUUGGGCUACAAAAGCAUAGGCUACACCAAGCAAAGGCUAAAGAAUGUGUUGUAGAAAACGUUGUAAUUGUGUUUAGUCAAAGUCUAAACCUUUCUUCCACAUAAUGAAACUAUUUACUCAAUCUUUAGUCAUUGUUGUGAUAAGUUCCUUUGACAGUUUUUUUUUGUUUUGUUUUGUUUUUUUUUCUAAGUGUGCCUUGAGUGUAGCUCCAUCCAUCUUCCCAUAAACUGGUAGCCCCAGUGUUUUUCUUUUUUCUUUUUUUUUAAUGAAAAUAAUUUUUAAAGUGGACGGGUGAAGGAACUUGUAUUGAAAGUUAAAUUAUCAAACCAAUUCUGUGUGAGCAUACAUUAAUACUAUAGAGAUUUUUUUUUAAGGGUCUUUAUCAGAGUUUCUGUCUUGAAGAAAAACUGACAUCUAUCGACUGAUUCUUGCAAUAGCAGGUAAAUAUUGGACGGUACUACUGCAUUGAGAAGGGGGGCCACAUUCUGCUCUUAGUUAGAAAUUAGUUUGUGAAUAUAUAAUGUAACUGAAGGCAAAACUAUGUGCAACAUUAGUUUCUCAGCCGUAAUGUUGAAAAAAUGUCCCCAUAACUAUUUGACUUCUUCCGGUUGAACUAAUCCAACCUUACGUCCUUACGUCAUGGUCCGCCUGUAAACAUGGCAGACCAAGAAAACACUGUCAUGGAAGUGGACAAGAGGAAGAAAGAGCCUUUCGUUGAGCAAGUUAAGGCGCUGCUUGACGACGUUACCCGCAGAACAGACAAGCAGAAGAGUCCAAAGACUAGCAGCAAGUCCGUCGAAAGCUGUUCGACUGCGGAGUACUGCGAGAAGCUCCAGGCAUGGAUGUGGCAGUACUACACUGGAUACGUGAACUGGCAAAGCUGGCUGCUAGCUUCAACUAUGAUCGUCCCGCCCUGUUUACAGCCACCCAGCGGAACGUCCCCUGCGCUUGUUUUUGAUCCGCAGAACUGGCAGAAUGCUUCCUUUGGCCUCCCGCUGUUGCCUUAUCCACCCGAGGUCCAUUCCCCGAGCAGCCGAGCGGGGGAAGCGGCUGUCGGGGCCCCAGCGGCCGCUCAGCCGCAGCAGCAGCAGCCGCAGCGGGAUCAUGGGAAUGCUCAGAGACAGGGUCGAGAGUACAGUAUUCCUUCACCUCUCCAAAGACUUAUGGCAGAGAUGGUGGAUUUCUUCAUAUUGUUUUUCAUCAAAGCAACCAUAAUCAUCAGUAUCAUGCACCUAAGUGGAAUUAAAGAUGUUUCCAAGUUUGCCAUGCAUUUUAUAGUGGAGGAAAUCGAUGAAGACACAUCGAUGGAGGAGUUGCAGAAAAUGAUGCUCGUUGCCCUUGUGUAUCGGAUAUUAGUUUGUUUUUAUGAGAUUGUAUGCAUUUGGGGAGCUGGCGGUGCCACUCCAGGGAAAUUUCUCAUUGGACUCAGAGUUGUUGCGUGCGAUUCGUCAGUUCUGAUUCAGCCCAAUAGGGUGCUGGUAGUGCCGGCAACAAAUGUUUCCCUAUCCGCGUCAACGGUCCGAGCCCUGAACAAAAACUUCUCCAUUGCCUUCUUUUUCCCAGCAUUCAUCACGCUCCUCUUCUUUCAGCACAACAGGACUGUCUACGACAUGGUUGCUGGUACGAUAGUUGUCAAGCGCUCCAGAAUUAGAUGACAGAAAAAAUAACAUAUAUACAUACAUAUAUAUACAUAAUGAGAGUGCAGGAGUAAAAUGACUGAACAGGAACAAGAUGACAUCUUUUAAAAAUAAAGAAAAAACUUGUGACACUGCUGUGAAGAGAUGAGAUUUCGGACCGGUGCUGAGUGAAACUCUUCAGAAUGAACUAUUUAGGUUCACUGUUUGGUGUAUUUCUGCAUCCAGUGUCUGUUUGCUGCUCUAUACACAGGAGGGAUGACGGUAAAUGCAUUAUUUUCUUGUUAAAACAAUUUUGCCUUGUUUGUAAUUGCCCCCCUAUUAAGGGUAAAUGCCAUGUAUGGAUCAGUGUUUGAAUUGUGAAUUAUGCAUUUAUGUCAUGAUGACGUUGUCAUUGUACUCCUCAGUAUCUCGUUGUGUCACAGCUCUGUUUCCAAAAGCCAGUAGUGAGACUUCUUAAAAUGUAAAUAAAAAAAUAAAAAAACCUAAUUUAAAAUCUUUAAUUAAUUGAAAAAGUAUUGUUAUAAAUGUUGUUUUUUUUUAUUUUUUUUUUACAUUUUUGAUUUGAAAAAAUUUAUUCUGAUUGUAUUUAAAAAUGGAGCAGGCAGGAUUUUUAUUUCUGCAUCUCACUGCUCUGGUAUUUUAUUGCAUUUGAGAGUGUUGCUGAACAGCUCUAAACACUUAGUAUUGUCAUUAUGAUUUAUUCAAAAGUUGCAUUUCCCAGAUGAUGAGUUUGAGCUUUAAUAGUUUCCUACAUGGCCACUUUUUCUCCUGACCACUUAUCAGUUUAUACCAGAAGAGGUUUUGGAAGUGUUUUAAGGUGAUGAAGUAAUUUCUACUGAAGUAUCAAAUGUGUAAUUCAGUGCCUCCUUAGGGCUUCUCAGUAUGAAUUUCCAACAUUUUUUUGUGUGUUUUUUUGCAUAUUCAGAUUACUUUUAAGUCGGAAUGCACCAUUGAAAUCUAAUCUGUAGAUUUCAGACAGAAAACUAGUUCUUAAACCUACAAAAGCUUUGGGUUGUAUUUGCCUUUAGAGAAUGGACAGACAGGAAAGUGCGAAAUGAGAGGGAGAAGACAAGUGUCACCAGAAGUCACCAGGCUGGGACUCAAACCUGUGACGGCCACGUUGAGGACUAAGGCCUCCAUGCAUGGGUUGUGUGACAACUCAGCACCCAUUUUGGGUUGUAUUUAAACGUGUUAUAAACUAAUAAAUGUCUUAUUCUGUAUUCAUAUAUUACAUAAUGUCUCAUUCCACAGAUUUACUUCAGCAGCUCUGUGAUCAGACCUUUCAAACGAUGAUUCACACUGUGGGAGUGAUGCGCUGUGCUUACUGUACAAUUACAAAAGGUUUAACGUCACAAGAUGUAUUGAAUGAAAAUGUAAACCUUCACCUUUGUUCACCUGAGCAAUCUUUGCUUCAGCAGCAUGUACACAAUGAAGAAGCUGAGGUGUGACUUCGAUCUUGUUUUUGCAUAUAUGAAAAUUAAAUGAAAUCACCCAAAGUUCA